AUGCAGGCUCUGUAUGCCUGUCUAGAGGAUGGGAAAGUCGGCGUAUUUGAGUCCCCCACUGGUACCGGAAAAUCACUCAGCUUGAUCUGUGGCUCUCUGACUUGGCUUCGGGAUCACAAGCGCAAGGCCUUCCAAGAGACCCUUGAUCAUACAAAAUGUGAUGACGGUGAACCGGAGUGGAUGGUAGAAUUCGCGAAAAAGGAAUCUCGCCGCGCACUCACCGAAAACCGUCGGGAAUUGGAAGUGCGACUGGCAAGGAUUCGGGAAGAGGAGGAUCGUCUGAAGGCUCGGGAAAUAGUGGAGCGACCUCGCAAACGGCAGCGAGUGGAUGAGCCAGCAGCUCAAUCCGACCCCGAGGACGAGGCUCAGUUUGUCCUUGAGGAUUAUGACAGCGAGACCGAUGACCGGAAGAAGCCGAGCGAUUCCGGGAAUUUCGAUGGCUUGUCUGCGAGCACGUUAGCUUUACUGGAGCGGUUCAAGGGCCAGGUGUCCGCGAAACCCGACGAGGAUGGCGAAGAGGAUGAAGUCAAAAUCUUCUAUUGCUCCAGAACACAUUCUCAGUUGAGUCAAUUCGCCGGGGAACUGCGGCGAGUCACGUUCCCAUCAAGCAUCCCCAGCGAUCUCGACAAAGACCAAAGCGAACCUUCCACGCUCGAGGAGCGCAUCAAACACCUUUCUCUCGGAUCUAGAAAAAACUUGUGCAUUAACCCCAAAGUACAGGCUUUGGAGAACAGCACUGCAAUCAACGAAAAAUGCUUGGAUUUGCAGCAGCCCGGCGUGGCAGCUGACAAGAAAUGUUCCUAUCUUCCGUCCAAGGACGACGAGGCCCUGGCUCUCCAAUUCCGAGACCAUGCCUUGGCAACAGUCAAAGACAUUGAGGACAUUGGUAAGGUCGGGAAGAAGCUGGGAAUCUGUCCCUACUAUGCAUCACGGCCAGUCAUCAAACACAGCGAAAUUGUGACACUCCCAUAUCCAUUGCUUCUUCAAAGAUCGGCUCGCGAGGCUCUCAACCUCUCCGUCAAAAACCAUGUAGUCAUCAUCGACGAGGCUCACAAUCUCAUGGACGCAAUCGCCGGUAUUCACUCCGUAUCUGUGUCGCUUUCUCAACUCCAGACUGCGAUCUCGCAGUUAACGACGUAUGCACGAAAGUUUAAGACACGGCUAAAGGGGAAGAACCGAAAUUACGUCGCCCAGGUGAUCAGACUGGUGAGCUCGAUUGCAGACCACCUCCAGUCAAUAUCUCAGCAAAAAGGGUCCCAAGAAGGCUCGGUUCAAUCUUCAGACCUCAUGGCGGGGAAAGGAGUCGACCAGAUCAAUCCCUACAAGCUGUCUCGAUAUUUACAAGAAAGCAAGCUGGCUCGAAAAGUUGACGGGUAUGUGGAAUCUUCGCAGCAACUGGAUCGAGCCCAAGACAAAACGGUGGUGCCCGUCCUAUUCCAUAUCCAAGGCUUUCUUCUGCCCCUGAUGAACCCGUCUGAAGAAGGAAGGCUGUUCUAUCAAAAGAAUCAAGACGAUGUGCUGUUGAAAUACAUGCUCUUGGACCCGACCAACCACUUUCGAGAAAUCGUCGAAGACGCCAGAGCGGUCAUCCUGGCUGGAGGGACAAUGUCCCCUAUGACGGAUUAUGUGCACCAUCUGUUUUCCUAUGUGCCUACAGAACGACUCGGCACAUUCAGCUAUGGCCACGUUAUUCCGCACACCAAUCUCGUUGCGCAGUCGCUUACCCGAGGAUUUCUGGGUUCCGAGUUUGAUUUUACGUAUGAAGCUCGAUCGUCAGAAAAAAUGAUCACCGACCUCGGACGAACGAUAGCCACUCUUUGCCAGGUCAUUCCGGACGGUGUUGUUGCCUUCUUCCCUAGCUAUGAUUAUCUGAGCCAUGUGUUGAGUGUGUGGAAGAAGCCUAUUCCAAAUGGAAACGGCCAAACCACUCUCAAUCUGAUCGAACGGAAAAAGAAGAUGCUCUACGAAUCGCGAGAAGCAGUGACCACGACGGAGGAGCUGCUUCAAGAGUAUAGCGAUGCCGUUGGUACAGGAACCGGUGCAUUGCUUCUGUCUGUUGUCGGAGGGAAGUUGUCUGAGGGUAUCAACUUCUCAGACCAAUUAGGACGGGGCGUCCUGAUCAUUGGUCUCCCUUUUCCCAACAUUCGCAGCGCUGUCUGGCAGGCGAAGAUGCAAUAUAUUGAGGACAAGAUUUACAGGCAGAGUACCGGAUCAGAAUCAGACCGGAAAGCCACUGCCAAAGCCGCGAGUCGGGACUUUUACGAAAAUUCCUGCAUGCGGGCUGUGAAUCAAUGCAUUGGGCGAGCCAUCCGACAUGUGGGUGACUACGCGGCUAUCCUGAUGAUCGACCGGCGCUUCCGCGAGCCCGGAUUUCAACAUCUGAGACGGAUAGCACUUUCAUCGCCCAACCCUCUGACCGGUCUUGUCGAGAACACCACCGCCGACAAGAUGCCUACCCGUUUCUCCCAGACCAGGAAGCACCGCGGCCAUGUGUCCGCCGGUUACGGUCGUAUCGGCAAGCACCGCAAGACCCCCGGUGGUCGCGGUAUGGCCGGUGGUCAGCACCACCACCGCACCAACGUCGACAAGUACCACCCCGGUUACUUCGGUAAGGUCGGUAUGCGGUACUUCCACAAGACCAAGCAGCAAUUCUGGAAGCCCACGGUCAACCUUGACAAGCUGUGGUCCCUCGUCCCCGCUGAGCAGCGUGAGGCCUACCUGACCGGCAAGAAGACCGACACUGCCCCCGUCAUCGACCUCCUCCCCCUCGGCUACUCCAAGGUUUUGGGCAAGGGCCGCCUCCCCGAGGUCCCCGUCGUCGUCCGUGCCCGCUACUUCAGCCGUGAUGCUGAGCAGAAGAUCAAGGAUGCCGGUGGUGUCGUCGAGCUGGUCGCAUAA